AUGCUUCGCGUUAACAAGCCGGAUAGCCUCAUGGCGGAACCGAUAUCUGUGAUGGCGUCAUCGUUGAUUCCGAGUGACACAUACGAGGUCAUGUUAAGGUUGAACCACUUCAUGGGUACUUUCAUCGGAAGAGGUUUUUACAAAGCUGACGAACGUGGCGAAAUAAACAUUAGCAAGUCGGCACCACUUAGGGGCACAUAUUCAGGCGUCAGACCUAUGGGAUUAUUUGAAAGUCUCACGCCUUGUGAAGACUUUCGUUUCGGAAGCUAUUGCAAGUGUACGCCACCUGAUCCAUUCAACUUUACACUCGAAUUACGGAAUUCUACGGGAGAAAUUCUACAGUCUACACAUUUGAUGAAGCGUUGGCUUCACCCUUAUGUUGCACGGAUUGAAAUUGAAGAAGGCGGAAUAUAUGGAACACUCUUUAAACCUCCAGGAGACGGCCCUUUCCCUAGCAUUAUUGACAUUUCUGGUACAGGUGGAGGUAUCAAUGAGCAAAAAGGAGCCGCACUCGCCUCGGAAGGGUUUUGUGUGCUAUGCUUAGCUUUCUUUCAAUAUAAAACACUAACUAAGAAUUUGAACGACCUUGAUUUGGACUAUUUCAAGAAUGCAAUUAAUUGGAUGACUUCUCAAAAAUUUGUGCCUGGUGAAAUCGGGCUUCAAGGAGUUUCAUUCGGAGGACUACUGGUUCAUUUGAUUGCCAUUAGAAAUCCAAAGGUAGUAGCUGUUUGCUCGAUUAAUGGAGGUCAUGUAUUAGCCGAAGUUACGAAAAUCAAAGAACAUGGUGAAUAUCUACCGUAUGUUAAGGAGCGGUCGGAAUUCGUACAUUUCGUGAAUCAAACCAUGUUUUGUAACAAAUGCUUUGAAAAUCUCCGUGUUACACCUGAGGCAGAUAUAGGAAUAGAGACUGCACCACGAACAACAGCCUUUCGCUUCGUUACAUCAUUAGAUGACUACUCCACACCGACAGUCUUCUGCACACGCUUGCUGGAAGAGGCUCUAAGAAAUUCUAGCCAUUACGUUGAAGUGGAUUUCGUCCCUGGUGGACACCUCAUGGACCCGCCCUACUUUCCCUGUCAUCAGGCAGUUUACUCAAAACUUGCCGGUACAAUACAAGCAUACGGUGGUGAGCCUAGCCAGCACGGUGCAAGUCAAAGUAAAGUUUGGUCCAACACGAUAGCGUUUUUUAAGCAGUUUCUUGGAAGGCCACAACCCAUCAAAGAUUAUAGACUGGAGUCAUCUCGGUCACAUAUAUGA